GGCUCCGAGCCCUCGGCCAACCCUCCGGAGGCGGCCCCGGCCGCGGGGAGCUGGGGGCGCUGCUGACUCGCCGGGGCUGCUUCAGUGCCUGGUUCGGGGUUAAGCGCAGGGGAGACUCGCCAGCCCCAGCCGAACCAGCGGAGCUGGCGGCGGCCCCCCUCCCUCUGCGCCCCGGUCCAUGGCCCCUCGGAGCGCCGCCGCGCAGCUCCGGGCUCCGAGAGCGCCUUGCCCCGCCGAGCAGCCCCUCCGCGUGGCGUGAGUGCAUGAAGCAGUGAUGGGCAACACGGUGCACAAGACCCUGGCAGCUGCACCAGAGGAGCAGAAGGAAAGGAGAAAUAUACAAGAUACCAGUCAACAGGCUCGCUCUGUAUCCCACAGGCCUUAUUACACACUGCCUAACAGUAGCCAUGAGAGGCGGUCUGUCCUCACCAUUACUGAACCUCCGCGAUUCCAUUUCCAGGCCAAAGGAAAAAACAUACGCCUGGAUGCCCAUUCCCGCAAAGCCACUCGGAGGAACAGUUUCUGCAACGGCGUCACUUUCACCAACCGGCCCAUCCACCUCUACGAGAAAGUGCGUCUCAAGCUGGUGUCCGUGCACCACGGGUGGAGCGGGGCCCUGCGCUUUGGCUUCACCACUCACGAUCCAUCGCAGAUGAGCGCAGACGACAUACCAAAAUAUGCCUGCCCAGACCUGGUGACACGGCCAGGCUUCUGGGCCAAAGCCCUGCCAGAGAGGUUUGCACUAAGAGACAACAUCUUGGCGUUCUGGGUCGACCGCCAUGGGAGAGUUUUCUAUAGCGUUAAUGACGAAGAGCCAAUUCUGUUUCACUGUGGCGUCAAAGUCUCCGGGCCUCUCUGGGCACUGAUAGAUGUCUAUGGAAUCACGCAUGAAGUGCAAAUACUAGACAGCAUGUUUGCCGAGACGAUGACCUCCACCCGUCUCAGCAACGCACGACUCAGCACUUGCCUUCCACAGAGCAGCCACGACUCAGCCAACUUCAACAACAACGAACUGGAGAACAACCAGGUGGUGGCCAAAAUUGCUAAUCUGAACUUGAGCCGUAUGCCUGCGCUGCCGACAGAUAACCACACCAUCCCUUGCUGUCCAAGCAGGCGGCAGCUUGCCCAAGUGGUGCCUGCCUUUCUCGAUACAGAUCUGCGUUUCCACCCUACUCGUGGGCCCGACAUUAACUUUUCUCAGGACCGGAUGUCUGCCUGCACCAACUGGCAAGAGAGCAAUAGGACUUUGGUGUUUUCCGACCGGCCUUUGCACAUUGGCGAAAGCUUCUUUGUGGAAGUUGGACACCUGGGGCUGCCGUACUAUGGAGCCCUCACGUUUGGCAUCACUUCUUGUGAUCCUGGUACUUUACGAACAAAUGAGCUCCCAGCAGAUCCAGACUUCCUUCUGGAUCGCAAGGAAUACUGGGUGGUUUGCCGAGGUUUCCCAGUCCUCAACAAUGGGGACAUCCUCAGCUUUGUGGUCUUGCCAAAUGGAGAAGUGCACCAUGGAAUAAACGGGAUCAACCGUGGGAUGCUGAUGUGCGUUGAUACCUCGCAGUCACUGUGGGUAUUUUUCACGAUCCAUGGUGUAAUCAAUCAACUCAAAAUAUUAGGCACUGUGCAGUCCAGCCCUGUGACAGUCUCUCCCUCAGGAUCCCCUGGAGGCUCCCAAUAUGACAGUGACUCAGAUAUGGCUUUCAGCGUGAACAGGUCUUCUUCCGCUUCUGAGUCAUCCCUAGUGACUGCUCCAAGUUCACCUCUGAGCCCUCCAGUGUCUCCCGUGUUCCCACCUCCGGAGCCAUCAAGCAGCAAGAAUGGCGAGUGCACCGUUUGCUUUGACAACGAGGUGGACGUGGUGAUCUACACCUGUGGACACAUGUGCCUCUGCAACACCUGUGGUCUUAAGCUGAAGAAACAACUCAAUGCCUGCUGCCCAAUCUGCCGACGGGUCAUCAAAGACAUUAUUAAAAUCUACCGCCCUUAAACCCCAUUUCCAGCCGUCCUGAGGGGUGUUGUGGAGGGGGCGAGGGGGCAGGAGGAAGAAUGUUGUUACUCAUUGCCACAACUUACCGUCACCGCUUAUGGGUUAUUGUGCUGGUUACAGAGUGGCUCUUUUGUCUAUAUUUCCGUGUUUUGACCAGUAGGAACCAAUCAGGGAUAAUUAAGUGAUCUGGGAAACACUCUGGUCCUUGUAGAUGUCGAAGGUACAGCUGCUGAGUGGGAAGAGCUUCAUCAAGAUGCUGCCCUGCUGGGUUAAGGUAGCGGUGGGGGCUGAGCUGUAAGUACCUUUGCCACGAGGAGUCUCUCCCCACCCAGCAAAAGAAAGUAACAUAAAAUAGACAGUGAACCCCACUUGGGCAGAAAGUACUGGAGAAAACAAUUGUUUGAAUUUUCUGGGCACCUCCCCCCUCCAUAAUCAUGCGAUAUUUACUGAAUUAGGCAGUUUAAUUACUGAAACAGCACUCAGGCAAUUUCAAACAGAGGCACUGUGGAGUGAAAUGACUCCUGUCAUCUUGUAAAAAUUGUGGGGAAUAGACGAUGGAUGACAUUUGCUUCUUUCAAGGCACUUUUUCUCAUUUAUGGUUCAACAGGGGAAGCAGGUAUGAGGAAUAGUGAAGAAAAAGCUACUGAUGUCCUUGGAACACAGCAAGUAAACAAUCCCACUUUCCUCCUUUGUAAGUCCCAGAUUGAAGCUUCCUGUUGCACUGUGCAACUGUGAAGCACUUCUGUAGCUGGAGAGUGUUAACGUAUUGGUAGGAGUAAACCUCUGCAUGCACAAGAGAAGCAGCUUCUUGCCUGGCGGUUCUGAAUCGCCACAGCAAGUAGCCAUGCUUAGAACCAAGCUACAAAGAAAGCAAGCUGAUGGACUGUUAGGUUUCAAAUGUCCAGCGUUCCCUCUCUUGAAAUUUGUGCAAACAGCUGAUGGAUGUUUUCCUCUAUUACUCCCCAGAGAUUUUGUCAGUAAAGUAUGCAGCCAUGUGGAAUCUCUCAUUUCUUCCUCUCCAGGAAGUUGUCAUCUACUCCACAAUAGAGGCAUCUUACUGAAAUUUAAAAGCCCUUUUCUUGGCAUUGUUUGUUGGAAAAAGAAUUUGCAAGCUAUUAUUAGAUGCUCCGGCUUUUAAGAUAAAUGCAUUUUGAUUGUGGUUAUAGGAACCUCUGAACUCUACACUAGCCUGAAUGGGAUGUGAAACGUCUUGGGGCUUUAGGGGAGAGGUGCCAUGCAAGCAAUAAAGCAACUUUGCUUGACCUAUCUGCCGAUUCUCUUUCCUUGCUCAGUCUUUGUGUGGCAGCAUCCUCCUACAGUGCACACAACUGUAGUUGCCCAUAGGCAACCUGUCCCAUUGCCAUCUGAAAGCAGUAGAAUUUAUUCAGAGCAGGCUUUUUGCUGCUUCCACCUCAAUAGAGGCAUUCCAUUUCCAUUGUGCAACAGAUGCUCUAAAGCUGUAAUCCUGAUGUUUUAUCUGAUUUAUGACGAGAUCCUAGGAUCUACUGUGGCGGAGCAGCUUGUAGGUCUUUCCAGGGCAGAAAUGCUUACAUGUGACCCUUGGGAGCCUGCUAGGAGCCAUUCUCAGCCCCAAUAUAUGGCUGCAUUCUUUUCCAUAAAACAGCUAUUCUGAGCCUAUGGGGCCCUUCUAGCAGGAAGAAGGCAGUUUUCCUUUUGAACAGCAUACUUUGAUAUGCUGUGCUGUCAAUAAGGGAAAUGUAAGCCAGUGCAAAUUUUGGCCAUAAAUGACAAGGCAUGUGGAUCCCUUAGUGGGGAAAAUAAUACAUAAGGUGGAAGACAGCAAUGGCUUUAGAGGGACAAAUUCCGUUUAGGGAAUACAGAGUGCUUUGUAGACAAAAAUGUGUGGACUAAGCUUCUCAUAGUCCUUUGAGCAACAUGGUAGCUGUACCUCAUUGGGUAGCUGAGCCUCUCUUCUCCUCUGUCUUUAGCUUAAAUGCUUUUCUAACCUUUAGCUCCUGGCAAAGUUGCUGCACUAGCAUCGUUUGUGGGCUGCACUGGAAGCCAAUGAAUGCCAAUGACACAAUCCUAGCAGUCUUAAAUUGCCACUGGCUACAGUUACAUAUUGCAUAAGGAAAGGCAUCAAACAAGACAGAUGAGUUUCCUUUUCUUUAAGGUGCAGAUAAUAUCUUUGUCAACAGGAAAGCCUGUUUCUUUUCCAUUUUAGAGUGGUUUGGGACAACACUGUGGUGCAUGACGACUUCCAGUAACUUUACAAUAGUUUUGAGUAUCCUAAUUACCAUACGGAAAUGUGAAGGGCAGCAAGGUUAGUUUAAAAAUGCCAUCAGUUACUCUAUAAACAAC